GCAAUCAUGACACCAAGACCACAUAUCGGUAACAUACCACUUUUCCACCAAAAACACAAUGCCUAUCCUUCCAUGUUUCAAUGGAUCCCUUACCUCAUUCUCCACAUUCAUCUUCUUCAUUUCUCUUCUGAUUAUCCUUCUAAUCCCCAAAUUCAAAUCAAAACCCAGGAAAAAACCCCUCAAUCUCCCACCAUCCCCACCAAAACUCCCCCUAAUCGGCAACCUCCACCAAUUAGGGCGCCAUCCCCACCUCUGUUUCCGCCGCCUAUCCCACAAAUUCGGCCCCAUCUUCCUCCUUCAACUCGGACAAAUCCCAAACCUCAUAAUCUCAUCUCCAAAAAUCGCCAAAGAAGCCUUCACAACCCACGAUCUCAUCUUCUCAAGCCGCCCCUUUCUUUUCUCCGCCCAACACAUCUUCUACAACUGCACCGAUAUCGCUUUUUCCCCUUACGGUUCUUACUGGCGCCAUGUCAGAAAAAUCUGCAUCCUCGAACUCCUUAGCGCCAAAAGGGUUGAAUCCUUUGCCCUCAUUCGACAACAAGAAGUUACCCGUUUGGUUGAUAGAAUUUCACAGUCGAAGAGUCGAGUGGAUUUGUCGAGCUUCUUGGCGUUGUAUGCUAAUGAUGUGCUCUGUCGAGCGGCGCUUGGGAGGGAAUUUUCCGCCAGUGGUGAGUACCAUCUUCAUGGGAUUCAGGAGUUGCUUGAAGAGUAUCAGAUUUUGCUUGGUGGGUUCUGUAUUGGGGAUUUGUUCCCUUCUUUGGCGUUUCUCAGUAAAUUCACAGGGAUGAAGUCGAGGCUUAUGAGGACAGCUAAAGCGUUCGAUAAAUUGUUUGACCAAGUAAUAGCCGAACAUCUAAAUCCCGAGAGAGAAAAUAUGGAUGAAUCUAAGGAUCUUGUUGAUGUUUUGCUUGACAUACAGAAGAAUGGAUCUUAUGAUAAAAUUUCACUGACUAUGGAUAACGUUAAGGCCAUCAUUUUGGAUAUGUUUGCGGCAGGGACGGACACGACAUUUAUAACUCUUGAUUGGGGGAUGACAGAGCUCAUAACACACCCAGAAACCAUGAAAAGAGCACAGAAUGAAAUUCGAAGCAUUGUUGGUGAAAGAAGAAUUGUAUCAGAGAGUGAUGUCUUAGAAAUGCCUUAUUUGAAAGCCGUAGUUAAAGAGGUGCUUCGACUGCAUCCACCAGUGCCAGUUUCAGUUCCAAGAGAAACUAGGGAAGAUGUGAGGAUUGAAGGCUAUGACAUUCCAGCUAAAACGAGAGUUUUUGUGAAUCUUUGGGCAAUUGGGAGAGAUCCAGAAUCGUGGAAGAACCCAGAAAGUUUUGAGCCAGAGAGGUUUCUGGACAGUGACGUUGAUUACAAAGGGUUGGAUUUCGAGUUCAUUCCAUUUGGGACUGGAAGAAGGAUUUGUCCAGGUAUUGCCAUGGGGAUUGCCACGGUUGAGCUUGCUUUGGCUCAGAUUUUGCAUAGCUUUGAUUGGGAGCUUCCAAGUGGGGUUGAAGCUAAAGAUUUGGAUAUGACUGAAGUUUUUGGUAUCACAAUGCAUAGAAAAGCUCACUUGGAGGUCGUGGCAAAGCCAUACGUUGGCUCAACCAUCUCAAAUUAAUUAGUCUGUACUUUGGUUAAACUGGAUAGAAGACGUUGAUCUUCCCCGGGAGUCCCCCUCCGGUAUUCUCACCGAUCUGAGACCCUGGCGACUGAGCGUCCUUCGUUUCCUUUUCUUUUGUAGGGCCACUAGCUCGAACCAGAGGUUCUUCUAAUUCUCGUCCUGUUCAGUUCUUAAACGAACGAGUUGAAAGUACAACUUUGGUAUCUGUUCUUCCAAUUUAGUUAAGUUUUAGUCCUAUACUUAAAUAUGUCUAAUUUCUUUUAAUGAAUCCUAAAUUUAGUUUAAACAAUUAUUUCGGUUAAAUCUCUAAAUUGUUUUUUUUUUGGAAAGGUAUUGUAAUUAAAAUGUGAGGUGGGGAAUCGAAUAUUUAACCUCGAGGUUGAUAGUA